CAAGUGGAUACUUCAUAAAGUAAAAAUCAAAUCAUCUCCCAUAAGUAACUUGGACCUUGUUCUGCACUAACAGAGAAAGUCUCUAACAUUUUGCAAUAUAGUUUUCCUAGUCAGUUCUAGCCUCCUUUUCCUUAGAAAUAAUGGAUUAUCAUUUUUCUUCCCAUUUUCAAGCUCUUAUAGGGCUUUUAGCCUUUGUAUUCUUGUCUAUUAUCUUAUGGAGAAGAACACUUACAUCAAGAAAAUUAGCCCCUGAAAUCCCUGGGGCAUGGCCUAUUAUAGGCCAUCUUCGUCAACUGAGUGGUACUACUGAUAAGAAUAUCCCAUUUCCCCGAGUAUUGGGCGCUUUGGCCGAUAAAUAUGGGCCUGUCUUCACACUGAAAAUAGGGAUGUAUCCCUAUUUGAUUGUCAACAAUUGGGAAGCAGCUAAGGAUUGUCUCACAACGCAUGAUAAGGAUUUCGCCGCCCGACCAACUUCUAUGGCUGGUGAAAGCAUCGGGUACAAGUAUGCGAGGUUUACUUAUGCUAAUUUUGGUCCUUAUUAUAAUCAAGUGCGCAAAUUAGCCCUACAACAAGUACUCUCGAGUACUAAACUCGAGAAAAUGAAACACAUACGUGUUUCUGAAUUGGAAACUAGCAUCAAAGAAUUAUAUUCGUUGACGCUAGUGAAAAGCAACAUACAAAAGGUGAAUAUAAGUAAAUGGUUUGAGCAAUUGACUUUAAACAUAGUCGUGAAGACUAUUUGUGGCAAGAGAUAUUGCAACAUAGAGGAGGAUGAAGAGGCACAACGUUUCAGGAAAGCAUUUAAGGGCAUCAUGUAUGUUGUAGGGCAAAUUGUUUUAUAUGAUGCAAUUCCAUUCCCAUUGUUUAAAUACUUUGAUUUCCAAGGUCAUAUAAAAUUGAUGAAGAAAAUCUACAAAGACUUAGAUUCUAUUCUUCAAGGAUGGUUGGAUGACCAUAUGAUGAAGAAGGACGUAAACAAUGAGGAUCAAGAUGCCAUGGAUGCCAUGCUUAAGGUGACACAACUUAAUGAAUUCAAAGCCUAUGGUUUUUCUCAGGCCACCGUGAUCAAGUCAACAGUCUUGAGUUUGAUCUUAGAUGGCAAUGACACAACCGCUGUUCAUUUGAUAUGGGUAAUGUCCUUAUUACUGAACAAUCCACAUGUUAUGAAUAAUAUACUAACCUAUUUU